GAUCCACUACAUCAAAUACAACGCCCACUCUCCAAACUGCCAUCAUUCCACCUCGCAAUGAACGAACUCGCAAACAAAUUGCUUUACUAUACAUCCUCUUCAACGAGUAGCACUCAACCUAGCCCAACACAUCAUUUCAUACUCCGCCAGAGCUCGCAAGACUCAGACACAACCAAUGUCUCCCCUAUCGACCAACCCCAAGACGGCCUCACAGUAUACACGAUUCAGACAAGCAAGAAAACAAUCAUCCUAUACCGAGGCGAACCGAAUCCGCAACAAGUUGUCGGAGAAUGCAAAGCCGCUUUUAUGGGCUUAUCUAUGCACUUGUCCCUACGCGGCUCGCAGUUCUCCAUCCGAAAUAGUACCACUGGUACCAAGUUCAUCGUUGAAUCUCCAAGUUAUGGCCGGCUGGUAUGGAAGGGCGACUCUUUGUUAGGGUCUGGGUUGUCCUUAUAUAAGACGUCUGGUGAAAAGGUUGCUACAAUUAAGUCCGGUGGCAUUUUGAACUAUCGUGAGAAGCAGCUCCUUCUGUUUGUACCUUGCGAUGUAUACUAUGUAGAAAUGGUAUUAUUAACAGCUAUUGCGGCGAUGAAGCUAGACAAGCGGGCAGAUGAUAUCGCUUUCAAACUUUUAAGCGAUUCAUAAAUAGAAGAGAACCAG